AUGGAUUUUACUUCCACUCAACGCAGUAUAGUUGCGCGACAGGACUUUAUGUAAGACCAAGAUGCGAGUAUUAAUAGCAGUUGAUGGAAGCGACAUCGCUGAGCAUGCGUUUAAUUGGUAUUUCAAGAAUAUCCACAAAGACGAAAAUGAGGUCAUAAUCGGCCAUGUUGCUGAGCAACCUUCUAUUUACCAGCCAUAUUUCGGUGGCGUGGUUGCACCGUUUCCUGUUAAUGAACUGGAGGAAAUGAUUCGCAAAACUAAACGUGAAGUUCACCAGUUGAUGACGAAGUUUGAAACGAAGUUGCAUCAGAUGGAAGGAAAGGUGCACCAUCGGUUCGUGUUUGACGUCAUCAAUGACGCAACAGGCGAGGCGUUGGUUCGAUUGGCCGAUAAAGAGAAGUGUGACAUCAUAAUCACAGGGUCACGUGGUCUUGGUGUUGUACGACGUACAAUAUUGGGAUCAGUGAGCGGAUACAUUGUACACCAUGCUCGUGUUCCUGUGCUGGUGUGCCAUAAGUAAAUAACCAUGUAUAAUUCAUUGUGUAUACCAACCUACUACACAAUGGACACCGUGCAUCAUAUACGUGUAAACCCAGUUUAAUUUAUAGUAUAAGUAUAUGUUGAGAUAAACUAGUUUCCACCAUAAAAAUGUUUCUAAAAUAGCUCCACUGGCAUUUAUUAGCAUAUGUAUAAUAUAACGACUGUACGCCAAAUGUUAAUUCAAUUUAUCUCACGUUGUGGUAAAAUGGUUUAAGUUUUCUUUUUUUUCGUCAUUCCAUUUAGUAGUAAACAAAGAAUAUUUACAGAACUUUAUAACCGCAUUUACA